UCCAUCUUGAUGGUGUAUAUAUAUCAUCCAUGGGAGAGGAAUGGUGCAAAAUCAUAUCUUCUUCACUACCUUGUCUUCAAGUCUUGAGCUUGUCACGGUGUCAUCUCUCAGGUCCUCUUUGCUCUUCUCUUGAGAAUCUCCAGUCAAUUUCGGUGAUUAAUUUGAGUGAGAACUAUUUGUCUGCCCCAGUUCCAAAUUUCUUUGCAAACUUCACCAAUUUGACAGAAUUAUAUCUCACGGAUUCUAAUUUGCAAGGAACAUUUCCAGAAAACAUCUUCCACGUACCAACUCUACGUAAGCUUGACUUAGGGGUCAAUGACUUAUUUCAUGGUUAUUUUCCAGAAUUUUCCCAGAAUGGAGCUCUCCAGACCUUGAUUCUUCGCUACACAAAUUUUUCCGGGGGAUUACCAAGUUCUAUUGGUAACCUUCGGAUGUUGUCCGUGAUAUAUGUUUUUAAUUGUAGCUUCACUGGACCAAUCCCAGGUUCAUUUGCAAACCUUACUCAACUUGUUCUUUUGGAUUUGGCUUACAACAUGUUUACUGGUCCAAUUCCAUCAUUUUCGAAGAAUCUCUCCAUCAUAUACUUGGACCAUAAUUCACUCAGUGGAACCAUUCCAUCAUCUCUUAAUAGCAUCAUCGGAAACAUUCCUCACUCAAUAUGCAAUACAAAAUACCUUCAAGUUCUAGAUUUAUCUAAUAAUGUUUUGAAUGGCACAAUACCAUCAUGUUUGAUCAAAAGGAGUACUAGUACUCUUGGAGUACUGAAUCUGCAAAAUAACAUAUUUAGUGGAAAAGUUCUGAGUUUGUUUCCCAACAACUGUAGUCUACAGACAUUGGAUCUCAGUGGUAAUCUUUUGGAAAGGCGGGUUCCGAAAUCAUUGUCAAACUGCAGAAGGAUGGAAGUUUUAAACGGUAAGAAAUUUGUCUAA